AUGUUUACUGGUCAGGAGUAUCAUUCCGUAGAUUCUAAUUCUACCAAGCAAAAAGACAAUAAUAAGCGUGUUUCCGAUGACACAUCAAAGAUUUUGAAUAAUAAAAUACCGCACACUAUUAAUGAUGCUUCUGCCGCCGCCGCCGCCACUGCUGCUAUGAAUAAUCCUCCUAUAAGUAGAUCUAUGAAUCCCAAUGACGUAAAUUAUAGCACCAAUAUGGCAGACGUGGUCGAUCCGAUACAUGAUUAUGCUACUUCUAAUAGUAAUUCUUUAACGCCACAGUAUUCCAACAUCACAUCCGGAAACGUCAAUUCGCAUAAUCGGGUUGUUAAACCCAGCGCUAAUCCAAGCUAUCAGCAGGCUACAUACCUUCGACAACAGCAACAACAGGGCCAACAACAGCAACCAUCACCCUCUAUGAAAACCGAAGAGGAAUCCCAACUUUAUGGUGAUAUUCUUAUGAAUUCUGGUGUCGUACACGAUAUGAGCCAGAAUCUGGCGACUCAUACAAAUCUGAGUCAGCUGUCGUCCACGCGUAAGUCUGCACCAAGCGAUUCUACUACUGCUCCAACUAAUACCGCCAACAUUGCUAAUACGGCUUCUUUGAACAAGCAGAUGUAUUUCAUGAACAUGAAUAUGAAUAACAAUCCCCAUGCUUUGAAUGAUCCGUCUAUUAUGGAAUCAUUGUCACCAUUUUUUCAACCUUUUGGUGUUGAUGUAGCACAUUUGCCUAUGACGAAUCCACCAAUUUUUCAAAGUUCUUUGCCUGGCUGCGAUGAACCAAUUAGAAGAAGAAGAAUAUCAAUUUCCAAUGGACAAAUAAGCCAGCUAGGCGAAGAUAUUGAAACUUUGGAAAACCUCCAUAAUACACAGCCACCUCCUAUGCCCAAUUUCCACAAUUAUAAUGGUUUGAAUCAGACUAAAAAUGUAUCAAACAAACCGAUAUACAAUCAAGCAGCACCAGUCACUAUCCCACAAUAUAAUGCGAAGAAAGAUAGUAAUCACACGAAGAAUUCCACAUUGGGCGAUCAAAACACCACUUACCCAAAAAAUCAGCAGCACAACUUCGUAAACGAGCCAUCAAAAAAUGCUCCAGCGGAGAGUGUAAGUGAUCUAGAAGGCAUGACGACAUUUGCACCAACUACUGAGGGUGAAAAUAUGGGGAAGUCUUCACUUAGAGAAUCCCACUCUAAUCCUAGUUUCACCUCAAAAUCUCAAGAAUCUCAUUUAAAUUUAGGGGCCAACACACAGGGAAAUCCAAUCCCUGGUACUACGGCAUGGAAAAGAGCAAGAUUGUUAGAAAGAAACAGAAUUGCAGCUUCUAAGUGCAGGCAAAGGAAAAAAGUUGCGCAACUGCAACUUCAAAAGGAAUUCAAUGAGAUUAAGGACGAGAAUAGAAUUUUGCAGAAAAAACUAAACUAUUAUGAGAAAUUAAUCUCUAAAUUUAAGAAGUUUUCCAAAAUUCAUUUACGUGAACAUGAAAAACUUAAUAAAGACACAGACAACAAAGGUGAUGGUAGCAAUAGUAACAGCAAAAACGAAAGCAUGACUGUGGAUUCAUUAAAGAUCAUUGAAGAACUUUUGAUGAUCGAUUCAGACGUUACGGAAGUGGAUAAAGAUACUGGUAAAAUCAUAACGAUCAAGCACGAACCGUACUCUCACCGUUUUGGUAGCGACACUGAUGAUGAUGAUAUUGAACUCAAAGCCUUAGAAGGUGGGAAAGAUCCUGAAAACCAACCAUUACUCAAUUCUGAAAAGAAGGCAAAGGAACAGAGUUUUAAUGGGCACAACCGUGCUUGA